AGGAGGAUGAGUGAAGUCAGCGGGCGGGACACUGCAGGCAAUGCACGAGGCUGUAAUGUUCCAGUCAAAGGUAAAGCGUUUGGCAAUAAUCUACAGGUUAAAGGUGUUGUGGUGUGCGCAUGCGUGGUGCAGACCGGUCCGCGUGUCGGAACUUCCUGUUUGAGCACUGUGUUUCAGGGAGGAAGAAGUUUUUGAGCGGGCAGGAGGGCGCAUGUGCAGAUUAAACCCGCUCUUCUCCGGUUCAGCGUCUGAGUGCUUGGUCAAGUUUUAAAGUCAGCAAACGAUAUCCAGCCACUAGCACACCAUGCUUUGCAGAGUGUCAGCCCAUUUAUUUAGACAGCUUGCCAGAAAACAGUCCACAGAUGCCAGCCUCAUUCUUGAAAGAUCAAUAAACCGAGUGCAGCUGCUGGGUCGAGUGGGACAGGACCCUGUUAUGAGACAGGUAGAGGGUAGAAACCCAGUUACCAUCUUUUCUGUGGCAACUAAUGAAAUGUGGCGCUCUGGUGAGGGAGAGUCUAUGAGUACAGGCGAUGUCAGUCAGAAGACAACAUGGCACAGAAUUUCUGUGUUCAAGCCGGGUUUAAGAGAUGUGGCCUAUCAGUAUGUGAAAAAAGGGUCUCGAAUUCUUGUUGAGGGGAAGCUGGACUAUGGGGAGUAUGUGGAUAAAAACAACGUAAGGCGGCAGGCCACCACUAUAAUUGCAGAUAACAUUGUCUUCUUAAGUGACAAUGUACGGGACAGAUCCUGAAGUGUGUUAGUGGAGUUUUGGAAUAAAUGAAGAUGGAUAUUUUGUGUUUUGCUUAGCUUCGUGCCAGCCUUGUCAUUUGACACUGGACAAAACAAGUCAACUGCAGUGGCUUCCACAUAUAACCCUGAAAUACUGGGGGUUUUAACAACUGCUAUUACAAGUUCUGCUCUCCCAACUGUGUUAAUAUGUGUCAUUAUUGUUAGUUUAUGCAGAUGUUUUUUUUUUCUUUGAACCUGUAGUUUUCUUUUUCUCUCACACACAAUAAUGUGACCAACUGUAACAUUUAAUUUUUUGUUUAAGGUUUCAUGCUGAGGAGACCUGUAGUUUCAUGUUUAUUUGUAUUCUCCACAUAAGAAAAAUAUAUAUUUAGAUAGCCUGUUCAGACACUGUAAUUAUUAUGCUGAAAUGUGUAAAAUAUUACCUUUAUAAUUGAUGAGCUGUAAGGAUGAGGCCAGCGUGUGAGUUAAUGCAGAAUGUCACUUGAAGGCGGUUCCUGUUGUUAGGGAUUCUUGGCUUAAUUCGGUUCGCCGACGACUCGAGACGCAUGUCGUGUGACUGGACUGUGGGCACAUCAAUAAAGUGGUAACGGAUUUGGUAAGCUCUGA